GCCUUCCGCCGUAGUCAUGAACGGGAAGUUGAGGAAGCUACUCGCAUUUGCCAGUUGCUGGCAGGUGAUCUUGUCUUGUGUCGCAGUUGCCGAGCAAGCGGCUACUGUGGACGGCAUACUCCGAUCGGUUGUUGCAGUGCGGUCACAGCUAGAACCAGUACUGACAUAUCGAUUGGCACAGCGAACGACCGUACGGCCACAGACGACAAGAGCGGUAGGCUUAUCCUGUGGCGGUGCGGUAAACAUUCCAAGUUUGCAACGGUUGUUUAAAUGUGUUACUACAGAAAAACCGGUAGUGAACGUCCCGAAGCGUACAGAUGAUAUCAAUCUCCGGUACAGUCCGGUAGAGGUGGUCAACUCCGAGAUGAAAGCUACAUGGACAACGUACAGCGAUGGAACGAGUGACAGCAAACGUCCAUAUCAGAAGGAACCAGUGCGUGCGAAUCCUCUCGGUCUAUUAUUUCCCACACUGCAGCAGAUAAAUCAAUUCUCCCAGUGGCAACGACCCUACCAGAGUUUCAACCAGCUUCCAACAGCAACAACCACCACUACAACCACCACCACAGUUCGUCCACAUGUGGAAGAUUUUUAUUUCCCUCCUGAUCGUACUGAUGAUCGUUUUACGAUACAAAGCACUAUAAGGCCAACUCAGUAUUACACCACAACGAUCCGAACGAGUGGUCACGGUCCCGUGCAGCACCACUGGGCAACAAGCACGCCUGGUUCAACCUCCUGGCCAGGAUCGGUAGAUAUAACGAGAGACCCGCUUGAGGAAAGCACAACAGAAGCUCCCGAAGACGAAAGUGGUCUAGGGAAUCGGAUCGAUAGUAAACUUCUACUGUCGCUCGUAGGUUAA